CUCUGUUGCAAAUUCAUCUUAUUGACCCACCUCUUGCAUACCUGUGGACUUGCAUGCUCCAGCCUUUAUCUGGUGCUGCAACUGAAAUAUAGUUCCUUCCGUAUAGUUCCCAAUAGCUCCCUCUUCAACCCGCCUUUAGCUUGUUGAACACUAGUGUCCCAGUCAGCCUUGAUCGCUGCGAUCGCCUACAUGAAUUCGAUUUCCCGUCAUCCUAGGGUCUGGAUAGUUUAUUAUGUCUUAGCCCUACUUAUAUCCCCAUUUGUCAGUGGAGAUGGACAGGUGCCAUUGGGACAGUUUUCAAACCCCCCUAAACGAGUGGCAGUAAUUGGUGCUGGGGCUGCAGGGUCAAGUACCGCAUAUUCCUUGCGCAAAUAUGCGGAUGCGUCAUCCACCCCAGUGGACAUCACUGUGUUUGAGCGCGCUUCCUACAUCGGAGGUCGCUCAACUACAGUGAAUGUGUUCGGCAACCCAGCCUACCCAAUUGAGCUAGGGGCAUCCAUCUUCGUCGAAGUCAACUACAAUCUGGUCAAUGCUUCCAGGGACCUGGGUCUCGUAGUGAAAAGUGCCAGCCAGGCUCGGCCCAAAGAGUCCGAGGAUGUUAUCGGGGUGUGGGAUGGAAAGGAAUUUGUAUUCCGGAUGCAGGAUACAUACAGCUGGUGGAACAUCGCGAAGCUAAUCUGGCAAUAUGGAUGGGCCCCGGUCCGAACUCAGAAUCUGAUGAAGGCUACUGUUAACCAGUUUCUCCGUCUCUACGAGGAGCCUAUAUUCCCUUUCAAGUCCCUUACUGCGGCCGCUAUGAGAGUGGGCUUGCUGAACACAACUGCAACUCGUGGAUCCGAAUUUCUAAACAACAACCAUGUGUCCGCGGACUUCUCGCGAGAUAUCAUCCAGGCUUCUACACGCGUGAAUUAUGGCCAAAAUCUGGGAUUAAUCCAUGGUCUCGAGGCUAUGGUUUGCAUGGCCACGGAUGGGGCCAUGGCUAUCCAAGGUGGAAAUUGGCAGCUCUUUGAUGCCAUGCUCAAGGCGUCCCACGCUGAUGUCAAGCUAAACCAUACAGUGUCGUCUGUUGAGCGAAACAGGGACAGCACUUUGACUGUCACAUACAGCAACAAUGACUCCGCACAAAAAAAGCUCGUAUUCGACGAAGUUGUCAUUGCUGGUCCGCUGCAAUAUUCUGAUAUCGCCCUCGAUCCUAUCCCCGAACACACGCCAGACAAGAUUCCCUACGUCCAACUGCAUGUGACCUUAUUCUCAUCCCCGCAUCAAUUAUCGCCCAAAUAUUUCAAUCUGCAAGGACCCGAUGCUCGUGCGCCCGAGACCAUUCUGACCACCCUCCCUCGGGGCGUAGACUUGGGCUCCAGCGAGAAGGGAGUCGGUCCGGCCAACUUCUGGAGCAUCAGCACUCUCCAAACAGUAGACUCCGAAGAUCAUCCCGGAGAAUCACACUACGUCUACAAGAUAUUUUCCCCGGAACGACCCAGCGCCAAGUUCAUGAGAGAUAUCCUGGGCCUGGAACACCCAGAAAACUCGUCGCCAGCAGACAACACAACCAUCGGCGAUCUUCCCAAGGAGGACAUCAGUUGGUAUUAUGAAAAGAUCUGGCACCCGUACCCGUUCCUUCAUCCCCGAGUCACAUUCGAGGAUACCCUCAUUUCCCCGAACCUGUGGUACACAGGCGGUAUCGAGAGUUUCAUCUCAACGAUGGAAACCAGCGCGCACAUGGGCAAGAAUGUCGCCGCUCUCAUGUCGCAGUCAUGGCAGGGCGAGGCACUCCACAAGCGAGUUGGGCAGGAGUCGACCGGCGAAUCGAGGGCGGAGUUGUAGCAUGGUAACACUGAUCCUCUCUUUCUGUAACAUGUGUCGUACAAUGGUUUACGGAACAUCCAUGGUUUGAACAUCCGAUUAAAGCGAGUUUAGCGAAUCCAG